UUGGUUUCUUUUUCUUUACGCCGACAGAAGCCGGCCUUGUGCUGUGGCUUCGUGUCAGGAGGGAGAGUUUUAGUCGGAGAUUUUAACACAUUAUUAAUAUUAUAUAACUGAUUAAUUUCCAAAGCGAGUGAGAACAUGCCGAUGUAUCAGGUAAAACCGAUCGGCGGGAGGGAGAUUCGUGUUGACUUGCCCACCUGCAUGUACCGGUUACCGAAUAUCCACAGAGACGAUGGCGAUCGCGACCACGCGUUUCAGGAUGCAGAGGUUGAUCCUGCUGUGAAGGCCCUGGAGGCCCGUCAAGAUGAAAUCAUGAGACGCCUGUAUGACCUGAAGGCGGCUGUAGAGGGGCUAUCGAAGACCAUCACCACCCCAGACGCCGACAUUGACGUGGCACACCUCUCCGAGGUAGUGGACAGUAAGCCACUGGCUGGGACGGCUGACUUGGACACUUUGUUGGGGAAGAAUUAUGGAGCCCUAAGGGACAUCGUGAUCAACGCCAACCCCUCUCACCCGCCCCUCUCCCUCCUCGUCUUGCACUGCCUGCUGCGCAAGCGCUUCCACGUGCUGUCCACAGUUCACGUGCACUCUUCUGUGAGCAACGUGCCCCCGCACCUCCUGGCCUGCUUCGAGGAACAAGACAAAAACCAGUCGAGACACGACUUCCAGCUGGGCUUCACACUUAUUUGGAAAGACGUGCCAACACCUCAAAUGAAGUUCAGCAUCCAGAACAUGUGCCCAAUCGAAGGGGAAGGUAACAUCGCCCGCUUCCUGUUUGCUCUGCUCGGGCAGCAGCAGGACCCGAUCACAGCCACUCUGGUGGACAGCUGGAUUGACAUGGCAAUCUUCCAGCUGGGCCAGGGGAGCAGUAAGGAGAAGGUUGCAGUCUUGCGGACCAUCAAUGCUGCCCUCGGCCGAUCGCCUUGGCUGGUAGGAGCGAACCGCUCGCUUGCUGAUAUUGUGACCUGCUGUGUAGUAUUGCAGGCUGCCGGUCCUGUGGCCAUCCCUGCCAAUGUCCAGAAGUGGAUGAAGUCCUGCGAGAACUUGCCAGAGUUUAAUGGAGUGUACAAACUGUUGCAGUGAGUAUGGGUAGGAGGAGAUUCAGGUUUUCUUUUUGAAGACACUCUUGCUGUCCAGUGAGUGAUCAGGUUAAGGAGGGAAAAAAGGGACUUUAUCAUGUGCCUACUUGACCUUGUUUGUUGCUGAUGCGAUGGAUGACACCCCCUCCUCCACCCCACCCUAAUUA